CACAGCAAUGCCUGUCUGUCUCCUGGCAGUUUUGAUGGAGCUGCUGGUAUUUCUGCUGGUCGAGGCUUUCGGCUACUGCGCUGGUCACUAUUCAGAGGCAAUUUCACGGACCAAAGGCGAAAAUACCCAUCGUUGAGGAAUAAAGUUUCUCCUUUUAGUCCCUCCCCCGGUGCUCAGCGAGGAAGGGACCUGCGCACACUGCCGAGCAGCCUCUCCCGAUAACUCACUGUGUCACUCGUGGAGAAGAUGCAAGCUCAGGAAAUCCUGCGGAGCCUGCGGCUCCCUGAGUUCGAUGACCUCAGCCAGUUCUUCCGCAACCUGCCUGCCACUGCACUGGUGGGCAUCGGUGCCUUCGCUGCUGUUGUCGCCUACUGGUUUGCCAGUCGGCCCAAGGCUGUGAAGCCGCCCUGUGAUCUGCGCAUGCAGUCGGAGGAGGUCGAGGGCCUGGAUGGGGCACGCCGCUCAGUGAUUGGGGACAGCCCACAGCUGCUGACGCAUUACUAUGACGAUGCCAGGACCAUGUAUGAGGUUUUCCGGAGGGGUUUCAGCAUCUCUGAAAAUGGCCCCUGCCUGGGCUUCAGGAAGCCCAAGCAGCCCUACCAGUGGCUGUCAUACAAAGAGGUGGCAGAAAGAGCAGAAGCUCUGGGCUCGGGGCUGCUGCAGCAGGGCUGCAAGCCAUCCACAGAGCAGUUCAUCGGGGUCUUUGCCCAAAACCGCCCAGAGUGGAUCAUUUCUGAGCUGGCUUGCUACACCUACUCCAUGGUGGUGGUGCCCCUCUAUGACACCUUGGGUCCUGGAGCCAUCCGGUACAUCGUCAACACAGCGGACAUUUCCACAGUCAUUUGUGACAAGCCUGAUAAAGCCAGGACGUUGCUGGACCACGUGGAGAGGAGGGAAACGCCGGGGCUGAGAUCCAUCAUCCUCAUGGACCCCUUUGAGAAGGAGCUGAUGGAGAAGGGAAGGAGCUGCGGGGUCCGCAUCCAGAGCAUGCAGGAGGUGGAGGACUGUGGCCGGGAGAACCGACAUGUGCCUGUGCCUCCCCGGCCUGAAGAUCUCUCAAUUGUCUGUUUCACCAGUGGCACAACAGGAAACCCUAAAGGUGCUAUGCUGACACAUGGGAACGUGGUGGCUGACUUUUCAGGCUUUUUGAAAGUGACAGAGAAAGUGAUCUUUCCGAGACAGGACGAUGUGCUCAUCUCCUUCCUGCCUCUGGCUCACAUGUUUGAGAGAGUGAUCCAGUCUGUAGUGUAUUGCCAUGGGGGGCGAAUUGGCUUCUUCCAAGGCGACAUCCGCCUGCUGUCUGAUGACAUGAAGGCGCUGCGUCCCACCAUCUUCCCUGUUGUGCCGCGCCUGCUGAACAGGAUGUACGACAAGAUCUUCAGCCAGGCGGACACUUCCCUGAAGCGCUGGGUGCUGGAGUUCGCCGCCAGACGGAAAAAGGCUGAGGUUAGAAAUGGGAUCAUCAGAAACGACAGCCUGUGGGACAAGCUGUUCUUUAACAAGAUACAGGCGAGCCUUGGUGGGUGCGUCCGCAUGAUAGUGACGGGUGCUGCCCCAGCCUCUCCAACUGUCCUGGGCUUCCUGCGGGCGGCCCUGGGCUGCCAGGUGUAUGAGGGGUACGGGCAGACGGAGUGCACGGCAGGCUGCACCUUCACCACCCCCGGGGACUGGACCUCAGGUCAUGUGGGAGCCCCUUUGCCCUGCAACUUAAUCAGACUUAAGGACGUGGAGGAGCUGAAUUAUUUUGCUUCUAAAGGAGAAGGAGAGAUAUGCGUGAAAGGACCAAACGUUUUCAAGGGUUACUUGAAAGAUGAGGAGAGGACAAGUGAAGCACUGGACCAGGAGGGCUGGCUGCACACCGGAGACAUUGGGAAGUGGUUACCUAAUGGGACUCUCAAAAUCAUUGAUCGGAAGAAACAUAUAUUUAAACUUGCACAAGGAGAAUACAUCGCACCAGAGAAGAUAGAGAACAUCUACAUCCGCAGUGACCCUGUGGCCCAGAUCUACGUCCAUGGGGACAGCCUGCAGGCCUUCCUGGUGGGAAUUGUGGUGCCGGAUGCUGAAGUGAUGCCAGGCUGGGCAAAGAAGAGAGGGUUUGAUGGAACGUAUGAGGAGCUCUGUAGAAAUAAGGAACUGCAGAAAGCAAUAAUGGAAGACAUGGUACGGUUAGGGAAGGAGAGCGGGCUUCAUUCCUUUGAACAGGUCAAAGCCAUUUACAUUCACUCCGACAUGUUCUCAGUACAGAACGGUUUGUUGACGCCGACGUUAAAGGCUAAGAGACCAGAACUGAGAGAUUACUUCAAAAAACAGAUAGAAGAUCUAUAUUCCAGCAUCUCCAUCUGAAACCGUGGCAAGAACCUUCUGAGUAAAGGACUUUGUAGCAAUAUUAGGAUAAUGCUCCAAAGUGCAGAGCCAGAAUGACACAGCUGAAGCGGAUGAGCAUCUGAAUCUUACUUUUGAGCCUUUUAUUGUUUUAGGAUUUCACCACUAACCAUCAUUUCCCUUUUCCUUCUGUUUUUCUUCAGGUGUGAUAUCGGUUUUACUCUAUGGACACAGUAGGGUACCACCAAGAAUUACGCUAAAUUGCCACACAGUACACAGCAAUUUCAAUCCAUGACUGAGUAAAUUAUGGAAACUUAUCAGUAACUCUAAGCAUUUCAAGACUAAACUAGGGAAAGUUUCAGACAAGUCUGUUGAUAUUUGAUUGUAAAUAACCUACACAUUAGAGACUGAAAUUGUGGAUAAAUCAGUAAUGUGGUCUACCUCAAGCGAUCAGCGAUUGAUGGUGAAAGCCUGUGUUCCCUGACCUGUAACUUCAAGAUGGAUAUCGGUUUAUAUAUUAAGUGAUAGCUUUUAUAUUUUCCAUGACUUAAAUUCCAUCAAUUUGACUUAAUCACUAAUGACCUAACAGACAGAACAGAAACAAGAACAAAUCUCCUGGUACUUGUGUUCAAUAGGCCUCUCAUUGUAUGACAGCUAAUGGACAACCACUGCUUGGGAUCCCAACAACGGGAUCCUUCCAGCUGAGCCCAGCACUUCCUGCAUGGCCAUUUCAGGUGGCCCAGAGCCCCAGGGAUGCUACAGCACAGCUACACAAGGCCUGCAUGACCUUUGUCUAGUCCCUGGUUGAUUACUUUUCAGUCUGGCUGGGCUGGUUCCCUUUUGGAUCAGUGCUUAGGGAAUGGAGCACACGGUGUGAGUGGGGCUGAGCAGUGUUGGUCUGUCUGGAGAACAGCUUGCCUGGGAUGCAGCCGUGCUGGAGAAGAGGAGGAAACACUGCUUAAAGUGGCCAUGAGGACAGUUCUGGCCCCAGAGUGCUGUGGGGAAAUGCAUUGGAUGUCUCAUUUCCCCUCUGGAAUCCCAUUGCAUGCUUUAAAAAUUAAAUAAAUUGAAUUAAUGAGUUAGUUUUACACAGAGGCUGAUUUAUGGCAGUAAUGUCAGAACAAAGAGCAAGGAAAUUGUUAACACAAUCACUCAUGCACAGAAUGAAGCGAUUUGAUCUAUCAAACGUGGGAGUGUUGGUCUGAAUCCCAUCUGUGCCUGAUUCUUCAUCAGACUCCGACGUAGUGAUUCAUAGCUGUUGAAAGCAAGUAAGAAAAAUCACUGCUGUGACCUGAUGGUGUUAGACCUUCAUUUCACAUCACUGUAAACAGCAAGAGCACCCCUGGGGAGUCUGAGCAUGGGGUGUGCAGUACCAGAGGCAGUCUGGCUCUUCAGGUCGGGUCAUGCAGGAGAUUCAUCUCAGAGGAGCGCAGCUCAUCCCAUCUAAGAACAGUCAUCCCAUUCAGAUGCUCCAGCAUAAUCAAGGACCUGCUACCAUCUCCUCUGCUCUUUUUGAAUAACAACAAAGAUCUGCCAUCUAAGGAAGUACAGCGAAGCUUUUCUCUUGACCUGUUUCCACCUCAUGAAUUUAAUUUCCUUUUCUCCUAAGGUGGCUGGUUUACCAGCUUUAUCUGACCACUGAACUCUUACUCCUGAUGUGAGUUUACUUCUGGCUUGGAAGGCUGAUGUUUUGGAGUAUGAGAUACUGCUUUGUUACUGGAUAAUGCAUCUCCUUUUGGUAUCUGAUGGAAAAGAUAGGAUGCACCUCAGCCAAUAAUAUGAACACCAAAAUAAAAAGGACCACAAUAGGAUGAAGCAAAAUUUGGGAGGAAUCUGGGGAAAAUUCAAUCCUGAAGUGUGGAUACUUUCAGAGCUUGUGAAAAGCCACGUGAAGAAACUAAAAGCUGCCUCUGCUACCAGAGUAUCAUGUAACCAGAUAUUCCUCUGCAGAUGGCUCUCCAGAAGCAGACCAAAUAUGAUGAGAGAUUAAAAGUUGCCAUGAGUACAUGAGUAAGACAUGAGCCAGGCAGAAACGAUUCUCCCCAACUCGCAGCAGUGUUUGUUCUGCUUUCAGCUCUCUCCUACCUGGCACUUCUUGUGAAUAGCAGGGAAAAACCCUAGGGUUGUCCACUAACCAGUUUCUUUUCUCAUGAUAACCAACGUCAACACUCAUUUCUAAUACUUUCUUGUUGAAAGAGUCAGGACUCAAUGCUAUUGCAUAGAUGGCAAUGCAUGCUACGCUUCUCUGUAAACAGCGCUGUUCUUGAUGGCUUAAAGAUGACUAUUUAACUACCCAGAAUCACUGGGGCAUUAAGUCUGCAACCAAGUAAAUGUGACAAUAUAAGCCCAGUGAAAUUGGUACAGCUCUGUUGCUGCUGCAGGUGGGAUCUGUGCAAAAACACGCUUGCCUUGAGCAGCCACGUGUGACCGGGUAGUUUUACAGCCCCUUCCCCAAAGGCUUUGUGUGCUGCAGCCUGAUUUAUUGUGUUCUCUUAUGUAUCCAAAACGGGAGGUUCUUCCUGGGCCUGGUGCUAUGCCUGUCAGAUCGCUUCCUCCGGUGAUCGUAUAUGAAAAUCAGAAUAAAACACUUCUUCCAGGAAGAGCAGAUUGCUUAGUUAUAUAUUUUGUAUGUCCUCUGCUUGUCAUAUUGCACAGAAAUACGCACUGAAGUAUGAGCAGGAACCAUGAGAGAUGUGCAGACAAGGCACAUCUGCAGGCUGACGUGGCUCAUGCAGCCCAGGUGAGAGCUGUCGCCUAUGGAUGAGGUACCGUGCUGCAAUCUGUCUUCACCGUUACUGUGGAUAUAUCAGCAUCAGCAAAGUGCAGUGUCAUUUCUGCCACAGUCUUUGCAUAGAACAGAACAAUUUGACUUAUCUGAUCUCCCGGGACAAAAGAAGCUGAAGGAUUUGUUGUUUUCCAUGCGUUAGAAGCACAAACUGGUGAAUCUACAUGUAAAUAUGUUGCUACAAGAUGAAUGUAUACUGGGAAAGAAUAUACUAUUUUUGCAUGGUAGCGGAUUACUCAGAGACCUCUCGAUGCCUUACGCACACGUCAGCAAAGCAUUUCAUUUAGGGGCAAUUCUCUCUGCAUCCUUCUUCUUUCUUUAUCUCACUUUGGUUUCAUCUGUGGAACAAAAAACCCAUAUACCAGAAUUCGAUCUCUGUUUGCUCAUGGAAUUAACUUGCUUCAUCACUUUGCGCGUUCAAUGGUUUCUACGCCACAUUUUCUCCCAUUAAAUGGUGAGGCUGAGCCUAUUUGUUAAGGGGGAGAGAUCCAUAUUCCUGGCUAACCUGAGAGAAACAGCUUCAGAUGUGUGGGAUUGUUCCAAAAUAGGACGUUUCUAGGCAUCCAGAGUCCCUUUAAGCCCUUUGUUUCAGCUUUGGUUCCAUGUCUUAGCAAAGCACAAGCAGCAAACAAGUGAUGUGUCCUGUGAGCGUUGCCUGUUCUGGGAGUGAAGGGAUGAGAAUAUAGCAUAAAGGUUUGUGUAAAGAAAACACCUUCAUUUUUUCCAUGUCGGUACGUGGGUGGGUAUGUCAUAAAGUCAUCCAUGGAAUCUUUUGUAAAGAAUUAAACGGUCUCAUUUCUCAGAUCUCAUAAAAUCUACUCAUGGGCUGGCAUACAAUAAAGGCUCUUUGUAAGACCCAGUGUCUCUCCA